GUCGGUUCAACGCCCUAUCUCAGACAGAGCUUAGGCUACCCUCCGGGCCUUGUUGCGGCAGAGUCCAUCUGUCUGAGCGGCCCGUUGUGACGUGUAUGGAAGCCCUCCCAUCAUGCCCAGCUGUGAUUGCUAUUGGCCGAUGUGAUGGAGUGGUGUCAGUCUAUGAAGCCAAUGAGAAGCGAGUCCUUGACGAGCUCCGAGACCAUUCGCAUGGAGUGACUGAUCUCUCUUUUAACUCUGAUG